UUUAAGGCGCGUGGAUCUUAAGCCUGAGUUCGUUUCAGAAGCGCGGUAAUCGAAUGUUUUCCCUGUGUUCGCUUUGCCAGUUUGUACAUGGUUAUAUUGUCGUAAUUAUUAACUUUGAUCAUUAUGGUGACUGCACUGUCUCGAAGUGUUAUGAUCAAAAUGGAAGGUAGCUUAGGGGUUUCUCCCUCUGUUGAUCAAAAUGUCCACGAUUCACCCACUCAGAAACCAAAUCACCGACCUGUGAUGGCAUGUAAUGAUAUGAAUAGAUUUGGUCCUCAGAAUAGUACAGACAACACUUCAAGUUGUUCUUUGUCUAAAGCUCUUCCGAUGGAUAGAUUAGUUACAAAGGUUGGAUUUGCAAACUUGCCCAACCAAAUACACAGAAAAGCUGUUCGGCGGGGUUUUGUGUUUAAUCUUAUGAUUACCGGGAAUUCUGGGCUUGGAAAGUCCACUUUCAUUAACUCCUUAUUUUGCACGGAUAUGUACAACGCUGAUUACCCUGGUCCAUCAAAACGAUCCUAUUCUUCUGGAACUUGUGUGGAUUCAAGGACGUUCGCAUUGAGUGAAGCCAACGUUUCUCUCAUAUUGACCAUAAUUGAUACUCCAGGCUUUGGUAGUGAGCUAGAUAAUUCUGCAAGCUGGAAACCUCUAGUAAAACAUAUCGAUUCUCGUUUCGAAUCUUAUCUUCGAGCUGAACUAAAUGUCUCUCGUAUAACAGUCGGAUCUGGAGCAACAUAUCAACCAGGCCUACCUAAUGACCAACGAGUUCAUUUGUGUUUAUACUUUAUUUCUCCUAAUGGGCAUGGUUUGCAUCAACUAGAUAUAGAAACACUCAAACAGCUACACAACAGAGUAAAUGUAGUCGUUAUUAUUGGCAAAGCGGAUAGUCUUACACCAGAUGAAUGUUCUCAGUUUAAACAAAUAAUUCUACAAGAGUUAUACAAUCACAAUAUUAAAUUAUACGAUUUUCCUGAAUCGGUUGCUAAAUUAGGUGGUGCUGAUGAGUCAUAUUCAGUCAAUGAAAUUCGCCAGGCUCGAGGACGUCAACCAUUUGCAGUGGUCACCAGUAAUAAUCUUGUUACUCUACCGGAUGGUAGGAAGGUAUACGGUCGAUCUUAUCCAUGGGGGGUUGUUGAAUGUGACAAUCUUGCACACAAUGAUUUUAAUGCAUUAAAGCAUUUACUAAUGAGUGUUCAUUUGCAGGAUUUAAUCGAUAUGACACACCACGUACAUUAUACAAAUUAUUUUUCAUCACGUUUAACAAGUAUUGCUGAAGCAAGUAAAUUUUUAGCUACAGAAGAUAGUCGUGAACCUUUAAGUCAAUUAGAAACGGAACGUUUAGCGCAUCAGCGUAAAUUGGCUAAAUUAGAGUCUGAAAUGGAGAAUGUUUUUGAACAAAAGGUUCAUGAACGUACAAAUAAAUUAAUUGAAACAGAACGUGAUCUCGUGGAACGUGCUGAACAAUCAGAGAAACACUUAUUAACACAGUUAAACGAGUUUGAGAAACGUAGACAAGAAUUUGAAGAUGAACGUGCUAUUUGGGAAUCAGAAAAUCGGGAAUCUUUAGAAGCUCUUCAUAUUACACCGGACCGAGGUGAUUUUAUAAAGGAUAAAUUUCGAAUUAAACGUAAGGGAUUAUUUUAA